AUGUUCAGCGGUUAAUUGUGGACACUUUCGUUUUGUUUACUUAUAAUUGAGGUCAAUCCGCAUUUUAUACAUUUCGUUUAUUGAGGUUUCAUGGUUGAGUGAAUACACAUUGUAAACCGAUUGCAGGGAUGUUGUAAACAAUCUUAGAGUUCAGAUAUUGUUGUUUACACGGAUUAAAAAUGGAUAUAUCAUAAAACAUGCGUGUCUAUGUUUUUAUAAAAUGAAGGCAUUCAUUGCUUUCCCAUUGAUUUGGACUUUAAUAUUGGGACUAAAGAUUCCUGAACCAGAAACCAAAAGCUCAUGUACGUGUCCUGAUCAUUUCUUCUCCUGUGGGAAUUGUAUAUGUAUUCCAAAGAAAUGGGUCUGUGACGGAGACAAUGAUUGCUCCAAUAAUCAGGACGAAAAACAUUGUGAUCAAACAUGCCUUCCAAACCACUUCACAUGUAAUAACCAGCGAUGUGUAAAGAUUGAAUGGCUUUGUGAUGGAGAUAAUGAUUGUGGGGAUGACAGUGAUGAACUCAGUUGUCCCUCAAAGAAUUGUAGUACUGACCAGUUUGCCUGCAGUGAUGGAAGUUGUAUACCGAAACAUUGGAAAUGUGACCAUGACCCUGACUGUACUCACGGAGAAGAUGAAAGGAACUGUGCUGUGACAUGUAAUGAACACCAGUUUAAAUGUCAGGACAAGUCUAGCUGUAUACCUAAAGAAUGGAGGUGUAACUCUAUACUGGACUGCUCUGAUGGUAGUGAUGAAGAUAAUUGUAAUGAACAGCAAGCCUUCUGUAGUAAACAUGAAUUUACUUGUCUACAAACUUCUACAUGUGUUCCACUGAAGAUGAGAUGUGAUGGUAAAAAUGAUUGUAAGUCUGGUGAAGAUGAAUUACUUUGUGAAGCAUCAGAUAAAUCUGAUUGUUCAUCAGAUGAGUAUGUUUGUGGUGAUGGCUCCUGUAUAGCUAUGGACUGGGUCUGUGAUGGAGUUACUGACUGUGCCAACCUGAUGGAUGAACAGAAUUGUACAUUUUUGUCGUGUAAUCCUAACCAGUUCCGAUGUGACAAUGGUCAUUGUAUCAGUAGAUCUAAAAGAUGUGAUGGAGUUGAUGACUGUUCUGAUGACAGUGAUGAAAAGGGGUGUGAAACCCUGAAUGGAGAGAUUCAGUGCAGUCCAGGACAGUUUAGUUGUGGGAAUGAGAAAUGUAUACCCUUAGACAAGAAAUGUAAUACAUUUGAUGACUGCGGGGAUUCUUCUGAUGAACUGAACUGUGGUGAAGAGGUUCUGAUUUAUGCCCAAGGACAAUACCUAAGGAAGAUAGCACUGAGCAUGACUAACUAUCCUGAUGUUAAAAUACCACUGAAAGGAGUGAAGAAGAUCAUAGCCAUUGAUUACAACCCUAUAAGUAACAUGAUCUACUGGAGUGACCAGGAUCUCAACACUAUAAGUGCAGCUUAUCUGGAUGGUUCAGGUCAGAAAAUAAUAUCAAGCAAAGUGAAGUCAUGUGAUGGUAUAGCAGUGGAUUGGAUCAACCAAGUGUUAUUCUGGACAGAUACAGGCUCAGAUAAGAUAGAACAGGCAAAUCUAGAUGGUACUGAACAGAUUUCUAUCCUAUCUAAAGAUCUGGAUGAACCAAGAGAUAUAGCAGUGGACCCAGUGGAAAAAUUUAUAUAUUGGUCUGACUGGGGUCAACAACCUAAACUAGAGAGGUCAAGAUAUAAUGGAACAGACAGGCAAAUCCUUAUUGAUAGUGAGAUUCAAUGGCCUAAUGGUCUAGCAUUAGAUUUGGCAGACAGGAAGCUUUAUUGGGGAGAUGCUAAGAAACAGAGAAUAGAAAGGGCUAACUUGGAUGGUUCUAACAGAGAGGUUGUCAUAUCAACGGAUAUACCUCAUUUGUUUGGGCUGAGUUUGCUUGGUAACCAUAUUUACUGGUCAGACUGGAAGGAUACAUCUUUAAAUAGAUGUGACAAAAGGACAGGAAAGAACAAAGUCACCAUACUGAAACAUCAUAGCAGGAAUCUAGGCAUGUUUAUGGAUGUCAAGGCUAUCAAGGUCAAACUUAUAAAAGGAGACAGAAAUAAAUACUGUGGAUUUGAUGAAUUCCAUUGUGAGAAUGAUCUGUGUAUUGGGAACAAGAAAAGAUGUAACGGGAAUAAUGACUGUGGAGAUAAUUCAGAUGAGAAAGACUGUGAUUUACCUGCCACAUGUGACAAGGACAAUGGAGGUUGUCAGCAGACGUGUCGUAUAUUUGGCCAGCAGGCGAGGUGUGACUGUUUCCCUGGCUAUUAUUUACAGUCAGACAUGAGAAACUGUAAAGAUAUAAAUGAAUGUAACUUUGAAGGCACAUGUAGUCAGAAGUGUACAAAUGUACCAGGAACAUAUAAAUGUUAUUGUGUGGAUGGAUAUACAUUAAAGCCAGACGGCAGAGGCUGUAAAGCUGAUGGUGGGAAAGCGUAUUUGAUCUUUGCCAACCGUGUUGACAUCAGAAGAGUCCUACCAGAUAAGUCAGAGUAUGAUUCUAUACUCCAAGGUUUACAGAACGCCAUUGCUUUAGACUUCCAUAUAGAUAAGAAUUAUGUGUUCUGGUCUGAUGUGGCUCUAGAUAAGAUUAAGAGAGCUUAUAUUAAUGGUAGUGAGAUUAAAGAAGUUGUACAGUAUGGCUUAGAAAGUCCUGGCGGCCUAGCUGUAGAUUGGGUCCAUGAUCUGUUGUUUUGGACUGAUGCUGGGACAUCCACAAUAGAAGUGACAGAUUUAGAUGGAGUCUAUCGUAAAGUGCUGAUUUGGGAGAACUUAGAGAAACCAAGGGCACUUGUAGCUCAUCCUGGAAAUAGAUCAAUAUUUUGGACAGAUUGGGGAGGUACCCCUAAGAUAGAGAGUAGCUGUAUGGAUGGUAGUUCUAGGAAUGUUAUUGCUAACACAUCGCUGUUCUGGCCUAAUGGUCUAACUAUAGAUUACACCACUGACAAACUAUACUGGGCUGAUGCUAAACAUCAUGUUAUAGAAUGUGCUGAUUUAGAUGGUUCUAACAGGAGAACUGUACUUAAUAAAGGAUUGCCACAUCCUUUUGCCUUGACCUUGUUUGAAGAUGAACUUUAUUGGACAGACUGGAAUACAAAGAGUAUAAACAAAGCUAACAAGUUCACUGGUAAUGAUGUAGAGACUGUUCAUAACAGACUUCAUUAUCCCAUGGAUAUACAUACAUUCCAUCCUCAGAGGCAGCCAUCAAUGAAGAAUGUCUGUGGUAAAAACAAUGGAGGAUGCAGCCAUUUUUGUUUACCAAAUUGGCAUGGUUACAGCUGUGCUUGUCUAACAGGACAACAUCUGAAGAAAGAUAACAGAACAUGUGUGGAGAGUAUGAAUCGUUUUGUGGUGUUUUCCACCAUGUCUGACCUGAGACGUAUCAGUGUGGACACACCUGACAGAACAGAUGUAGUUCUCCCCCUCAAUAAAGUGCUGAGUGCUGUUGGGAUUGAUUUUGAUGCUAAGAAUGACAUGAUAUAUUGGACUGAUACAGAUCUCAAUGUCAUCAAAAGAGCACAUUGGAAUGGCAGUCAUGAGAAGGUUGUCAUUGGAAACCAGGUUGAGUCUCCUGUAGGUGUGGCUAUAGACUGGAUUAGUCGUAAGAUCUACUGGACAGACCAGGAUACAGACUUUAUAGAAGUAGCCAAUCUGAAUGGUAGUAUGAGGAGUAUUCUGAUUUCUACAAGUCUAGAUAAACCUAGAGACAUCAUAGUAGAUCCUUUGGAAGGGUUUAUGUACUGGAGUGAUUGGGGAAGCAGACCUAAGAUAGAGAGAGCAGGAAUGGAUGGGAAUAGAAGACAGGUUCUGAUCAGUAACAAUAUCACAUGGCCCAAUGGUCUAGCUCUGGACAAAAAACUUAAACGUCUCUAUUGGACAGACGGAGGAAGGAGCUUGAUAGAAUCGGUCAAGCUGGAUGGUACAGACAGACAGAUUAUUAUAUCUGUGAAUGUUCCUCGACCAUUUGGCAUUGCUUUGUUUGAAGACACCAUUUACUGGACAGACAAGUUAAACAAGGGAGUUUACUCUGCAAACAAGUAUAAUGGAUCAGGACGUGAAGUAAUCGCCUCACAGCUUGAUAAUGUGAUGGACAUCAAAAUGUUUUAUAAACCACAACCUAGAGGCAAGAAUCCUUGUGCUAACGACAAUGGUGGCUGCAGUCAUUUAUGCUUGAUAUCAACAACAGGGUACACAUGUGUCUGUCCAACAGGGAUACUAAUGUCACCAGACGGGAAGACUUGUAAUAAGGGUAUGAGUAACUUUAUUGUGUUUGCCAGGAGAACAGAUAUCAGAAAGAUAUCUCUAGAUGUUAAUUAUGUAGCUGAUGUAGUGAUACCACUUGGUGAAAUCAGAAAUGCUAUUGCUAUUGGUGUAGAUAGAGUUGCAGGGAAGCUCUAUUGGACAGAUACAAUUCUAGAUGUUAUAAUGAAAGCUAAUCUAGAUGGAUCUCAGGUGGAGCAGUUUAUAAAACAUGGACUGGACACACCAGAUGGACUGGCUGUAGAUGAGAUUGGUCGGAAGAUUUAUUGGACAGAUACUGGAUUAAACCGGAUUGAAGUGGCUGACUUGGUUACUGGAAUGAGAAAAGUGUUGAUAUGGGAUAACUUAGAUAAACCUAGAGAUUUGACUUUGUAUUAUGAAAAAGGGUACAUGUACUGGACAGAUUGGGGCAAACUUCCAAAGAUUCAGAGGGCUGAUAUGGAUGGUAGUAAUAGGACAGUAUUAGUUGAUAAAAACCUAGGGUGGCCUAAUGGUAUUGUCAUUGACAAACAAUCCCAGAGAAUUGUGUGGGCCGAUGCUAAAAUGGAAGUGAUAGAAUCGUCAGAUUUAAAUGGGGGUAACCGUCGUGUCAUCAUCUCUAACGUCAAUCAUCCCUAUGGAUUGACCAUUACAGAGAGACAUAUUUACUGGACAGACUGGCAGAAAAUGGCAAUAUUUAAAGCAGACAAGGAUACAGGAAGUAAUUUAUUAGUUAUAAGGAGAACAUUACCAGGACUGAUGGAUCUGCAGGCAGUUAUCAGGUCACCAGAUGAUGAUCUUCACAAAUUAGAGAACAAAUGUAAGAAUAAUGGAGGCUGCAGUCAUCUCUGUUUACCUAAUCAUAGUGGAAUCACAUGUUCUUGUCCUACUGGGUUACAGCUCAAACACAAUGGAAAAACAUGUUUAACAUUGCCCAGCAAGUACCUGUUGUUUGCCAGUAGAGGGAGUUUACGGAGAAUAUCAUUGGAUACUCCUGAUUUUACAGAUACAUUUCUCCCCAUGUCUGAUCUCCAUAAUGUUAUAUCACUAGACUAUGACUACCAGAAACAGAAGAUGUACUUUACUGAUGUUCAUCUGGAUGUUGUCAGAAGAGCUAAUUUAGAUGGUACAGGUUUACAGUCUGUAGUAUCGGAGAAUCUAGAGACAACCGAUGGACUGGCUGUAGACUGGAUUGCUAAUAAUUUGUUCUGGACAGAUACAGGUCGUGAUGUCAUAGAAGUAUCCUCCACUGAUGGGACAAACAGAAAAUCUCUGAUCACAGAAGAUUUAGAUGAACCAAGAGCUAUAGCCUUGUAUCCACAGAAAGGAUUGCUUUAUUGGACAGACUGGGGAUCACCACCUAAGAUAGAGAAAGCAUACAUGGAUGGUAGCAACAGGAAAAUUAUUAUCAAAACAGAUCUUGGUUUUCCCAACGGACUAUCAGUAGAUUUUAAGGCAAAGAGAUUAUACUGGGUUGAUGCCAGACUUGAUAAGAUAGAAACUUCAGAUCUGAUGGGACAGAAUCGUGUUACAUUAAUUAAUCAUGUCCCUCAUCCAUUUGGUCUGACAGUGUAUGGACCACAUAUUUACUGGACUGACUGGCAGUCAGAGAAGAUAGAAAGAGCAGAUAAAACUACAGGAAAAGAUCGUGCAGUCAUACAGCGACAUCUAGAGGGAUUAAUGGACAUUGUAGUGGUGGCUAAAGAUAGACAGAGUGGAACAAACUGGUGCAGUAUAGGAAAUGGUGGUUGCAGUCAUCUAUGUCUUGCUAGACCCAGAGGAAGAUCAUGUGCCUGUCCUGAUAAAACUACACAAGAACCUUGUCAUACAUAUCCAGUAACAGACUCUGGGAUGGAGAACCAGAUCCCAGGAUAUAAUGCUGCUGAUGCAGAUGAGUGUACAGACGAAGAUGAGAAAGAUGGAAUUUGUGAGAAACCAAAGAGUGUUACACAAGCAGUUACUGCUUUAGGUGGAAAAGAAACUGCCAUGAUAGCUUUGUCAGUGGGAAUUGUAGUUAUUGUAGCCUUACUAGUGUUUGUUGUCUGGAGAGUUAAAAAGAGAAGAAGACAAGCAUUCCUAACAGAAUCAGAUGAGUUUGUACGUCUGACAUUUUCUAAUCCUAAUUACCAGAAAACUAGUACAGAAACCAUCAACCUAGACAGGUCUUCAUCCACUGAUUCUCAGGAAUGGAAAAUAUUUAGAUAUAGUAAAAAAGAUCAACAAGUUUCAAUAUUAAAACCUUCAAGAGAGGCGAAGAUGAGGGGUUCUGAGCGUGCUGCCUUAGUACAACAAAUGGACUCUGGUGCUGUGUCUCCGUCACUGCCGAGUCGGGAGAGACAGAGUAAAUUAUUCAAAGACAGAACUUCUAAUAAGGAGAAAGAUAUUAUCUCUAAAGUUCCUUAUAAGCCUGUUAAAACAUGACAUUGUUAUGAAUAUUUUUGUACCUAUUUUUUUUAUGAAAGUUGGAUGAGAUGUGCCAAUUUGUGAUUUGCAGAGUAUUUGAAAGACAAAUUUUGUGACAAUAUUUUGUUAAUACUUCACAAGUAAACAAUUAUAGAAUACUUUUAAAUUAAAUUUGAUAUUAUUUAAUCAUAUUUUUUUUUCAAAUUAUCUCCCUUGUAUAAGAUAUGAUCUGUUCUUGUUUUAUGUAGUAAAUUUGAUUAUGCGUAGUAAUUUUACAACUGACUAUAAAUCAUGUUAGUUGGCAAUCUCAUCUUAUUUAUGUAUUCAUUGAAAUCUUUGUUGUAUUUUGUGUCCCUUUUAAAGGAUUUGCAUGUUCUUUUUUGCUAGGUGACAAUUUUUGUUGUUAUUUGUUUUUUAUUAAACUGAUGCAAUGAAUUAUCUUUUUUUUAAGUUGACUCAGUAUAUACAAACAUUAAAGCAGACAGCUUGUAAAUAUGUAUUACACUUUCUUACAAUUAUUUACCUGUCCGGUACAGUUGUAAUUUUACUUUGAUUUAUUCACACUUUUUUUUUUUUUUUAAUCUGUUAUUUGAAUAGUGAUAUUAUAUUUAACUUUGCUCAAAAGCCAUUUUCCAAAACCAAACUAUAUCUUUCAGUUUUAAUAGCAAGAAAGUAUCAUUGUAAAUAAAAACAUUUUCAUCAAUGUAAAUAUUAAGGCCUUCACUUGCCAGCAUUAUUUCAGUGUAAUAAUCCAUAAGUCAUUUUAUUUAUAAAAUGUUAUAUUUUGAUGUCAUUUUUUAUGGUCACAAAUAUUUUUUUAAAUGUAAAUAUGAUUUGUAUAACUGUAAAAAUAUGAUCAUAUUCUUGAGGCAGCCAUAUUUCUAUAUUUUAAAGAGAAAAUACUUUAGUUCCUAGAUAGUACCUUUUCGUGUGUCCCUAUUUACACGUAUAAAUCAUGUGAUAAAGUCGGAAAUAUUUAUAGUGUUGGGAUCUAUACAACAUCAUCAGCAUAAAAUUGUCAAUUUAUGGUUGCUGUUGUGGUAGAUUUCAAUUAGGGUGAGGGUGAGGGUGUCAAAAUAGUGAAAAUGUGGUCAAAUGUUUCAAGUGGAAUUUGCCUGCGUUAAAUUUUAAUUGGAUUCAUAAACAAUUGUCACCCAAUACCACAUUUAUAACCUCUUAAUUUUAACUACAGCUAUUUCUGAACUUUCCUAUAAUAUGACACUAUUAUAAAAAAAAUAUGUCCCAAUUGUUGAUAAAACAUGAAACUUGGAUUACAUGAAUAUCUCUAAGAAAUCAGUAGAAUUAUAUUUUUUUAAACAGAAUGUGUUUAGACAACCAUUUAAUAGCUGCAGAACCGUAUCUCAUAGGUCCUUUUGUCAUAUUUUGACUAUUUGCAAACCAAAUAGUAAAAAAAUAAUAUCAGGACCUAUGAGCUACGGUUCCGCAGCUAACCAUUUAAUAGCCAUUCAGCACUAUUGAUUUUUGUUAUGGAUGUCGAGUUUUAUAUAUUUGAGAUGCAAUUCAUUAAUGGAAGAAUACUACUUUUAUGAAUGUUGGUUUAGGCUUAUUGGUGUUAAACUAAUAUUAAAAUACCCCAGCUGCUAUAUAAAAUAGGAAGUACUGUAAUAAUGAAACAUUUACUUUAUUGUGUAUGUGUUUGAUACUGUUAUGUUACAUAUUAUGUACCAAUCUUGAUAGAUCUGAUGUAAAUAAAAAUCAGUUUUUCAUUUAGAAGUCAUGAUUAUUUAUUUAUUUACAUGGUUUCGUUAUAUGUGAUAAUUAUUUUGGUGCUUAUAUUUUUGUCAACUUCUCAGAUGAACUACUAAAAUGCCAGUUAGAUUUUUAUGUGAAUCAUUCAUUUAUAUUUUUCAUUUUGAAAUAAUGAAAUAGGAUGUUUGCUAAAAAUAAUUGACCUAGUUUAAACAUAACUUGACUUUAUUUUUUCAACUUUUUGGGUGAGAAAACAUUUUCUUGUGUUUAAAUUUACUGCAGAUUAUUGAUAAACAUUUUAUGAUCAGUUUCAGAAAAAUUUUGUAGGUACAUGUAUAUAUAUAUAUAUAUAUAUGUAGAUAUUGGUGUAGACAAGAGAAAUUUCCAUCUUUGUAUGUGAAAUGUUUCCGAUAUGAUACCUCACUUUGUAAUAUAGACACGUAGUCACAUGGAUGUUGGGUUAGAUGAGUUUGAAAGUGAAUCUUAUCUAAAUACAAAAUGUUACACAAGGGUGUGUCAGUAGGAAAUAUUUAUAUGAUUGGAUUCAAAAUAAUCUUGACUUUGGGUAUCAGUUUAAGUUAAAAAGAUUGUUAAAACAUAAAGUUUUAGAUUUCCUUCAAAAUAUAUUUGACUUCAGAUUAUUAAUGUGUAUAAAAUGAAAAUUAUUCUGUUUGUUUGUUGAAAAGCUACAUUUUGAAUAUGUUCCCUUUUUUCCAAUCAUCUUCACAAUAUUGGUAAUUCUACUAUUAUACUAUUAUAUAUGACAGUCUGAACUGUUCUUGUAACCAUUUUAUUCUGUUUAGAUGUGGAAGUUAUGAAUGAUGCUUUCUUUAAACCUUUUUCAAAUUUUUGGAAAAUAUUUUUUUUUGGUGCACAUUUUUUAUGCAUUGUAUAUUUUAUGCAUUUUUUUUAUUUUGCUUUAUAGUGUAACAAGAUGGUGCUCCUGUAUUUUUUGCUUUUCACAAAAUGAUUGUUGAUUCAGUACAUUGAAGUCAGGUUGUGUUUUGUACAUAGAUAUUGUUAUUUUCUGACUUUUUAGCUCACCUGUCCCGAAGGGACAAGUGAGCUUAUGCCAUCACUUGGCGUCCGUCGUCUGUCGUCCGUCGUCUGUCGUCGUAAACUAUUUCAAGAAUCUUCUCCUCUGAAACUACUGAGCCAAAUACUUUCAAACUUUAACUGAAUGUUCCUUAGGGUAUCUAAUUUAUAAAUUGUAUCCGAAGUUUUGAUCUAUCAACAAACAUGGUCGCCAUUGCUAAAAAUAGAACAUAGGGGUCAAAUGCAGUUUUUGGCUUAUAACUCAAAAACCAAAGCAUUUAGAGCAAAUCUGACAUGGGGUAACAUUGUUUAUCAGGUCAAGAUCUAUCUGCCCUGAAAUUUUCAGAUGAAUCAGACAACCCAUUGUUGGGUUACUGCCCCUGAAUUGGUAAUUUAAAGGAAAUUUUGCUGUUUUUGGUUAUUAUCUUGAAUAUUAUUAUAGAUAGAGAUAAACUGUAAACAGGGAUAAUGUUCAGCAAAGUAAGAUUUACAAAAAAGUCAACAUAACAGAAAUGGUCAGUUUACCCCUUUGGGAGUUAUUGCCCUUUAUAGUCAAUUUUUAAUCAUUUUUUCGUAAAUCUUAGUAAUCUUUUACAAAAAUCUUCUCCUCUGAAACAACUGGGCCAAAUACUUCCAAACUUUAAUUGAAUGUUCCUUAGGGUAUCUAAUUUAUAAAUUGUAUCCGAAGUUUUGAUCUAUCAACAAACAUGGUCGCCAUUGCUAAAAAUAGAACAUAGGGGUCAAAUGCAGUUUUUGGCUUAUAACUCAAAAACCAAAGCAUUUAGAGCAAAUCUGACAUGGGGUAAUAUUGUUUAUUAGGUCAAGAUCUAUCUGCCCUGAAAUUUUCAGAUGAAUCA